AUGGGCACGUUUCUCCGACAACUGUCGCUACAACGUCGUGAACGUGACGAUGAUCUACCAGUUAUAGAGUCCGAGAUUCUGGAGCGGGCUGGUCAGUCUAGUUCGAGAAGAGAUUCCUACGACAGUUCGUUUGCCGCUUUUAAUAACCGAAACGCUCAAAUCAGAGAUCUCUACACAAAGCUACUACUGAAACAUUCGCUAGCCAGAGCUACCGCCCAUCCAGAUGUAGCCGCUAAAGGAGCGGCCGUACUUUUUACUGGGAAUUCUGAUCCAGCUGACAUUGAGAGUAAAUGCAACAUUGAUGAUAUAUAAAAAAUAAUAGGCUAUAAUAUGUACUUACGUUUAAUUUUGUAUCACAAUUUUUAUAGUAAAAAGUUCAAAAAAUUUACCUUACAGUAAUCUUGAUACAUAAGUUAUUUUAGAUUGUGUACUAACGGCACCAAAACCGGAUCUAGUUGAGGCCUUUUUUGACAAUAUUGGUACUCUUAAUCUUGUAGCACCACCAAGCGGGAAUGCAGCUCAUUUUAUUGCACGUACUGCUGCGUUACAGUAAGCUUUAUCGUUUGUAUUACGGCCGUCUUCCGGGCAUAGGUCACCCCAAGAAAUAGGUCACCCCCACUGAACAAUUCAUUGCUUAAAUAUAAAAAUCAAAUUGGUGUUUCAGGUACAUCCACUUGUUGGAAGACGAACUUUUACUGGGAAACACAGACAUAGUUGGACCGUCAAAUCGCUACAGGGAUCCAAUCGACGUGGCUUUAAACGUAUCAGCUUUGGAGACUGUGGCAGGAUGGGUCGAAGGAGAGCGAGUAAACGUAAGAUUCUGUUUAACCAUCUUCAGAGUUUGACUUUACCGGCUUAAGUGUCCUUUUUUAUAUAAGAAUACUAUGCUCAAAGCUAUAGGUAUACGAGGAUAAUAUUUUUUUUAAAUUAGGAAUGAUCCUUAAGUAAAAUAAUAAUUUUCAGAAAAAAGAAACGGACUUAAUCACAGUAGGCUUGAGUUCAACAUUCUCUGUGCUUCUGGAGCUUAACGACAAGGAUUCUGAUUUGUGUGUGAAAGCGUUACAGUCAUUGCUAAAUGUACUGCAACAUUUACCACCUGAAAGUUUUGCUCAUACUUCAAGGGAAAUGGUCCAUCAAAUGCAUUCUUCGCUGCGACAGUUGCGACAAAAAGGUAAGAUUACAGUACUCGUUCUUGAAACAGUCUGCAGGUUUUUUUAAAGGUUUUUUGAACCUAUAUACAGUUAUGUUAUGUCUGUAGUAAACACAGGAUCACGUCUAAAAGCGUUUUUUGUAUGUUUUAAUGUUGCAUAACCAUUUUAAAAUGACAUUACAGGUAACGAACAAGUAUCAGAAUAUGCAAAUGCGUGUAUGUUGAGUUUGUCAAUCGCUUGUGGCACCCCAGAACUAUUGUUUUCAACCAUCUCAACAUUACUGACCGACCACAAAGAUACGGUUGCAUUCAACGAAAUCGACUGCACCUUGAAUUUGUUACCUAAAAACUUCCAGCGACUAGCACUAACAGUUCAGAGGACUAUACAACGUGGUCCAGCUGCUAUUGCAAUGUGAGUUCUUUAAAAUUGACUUUUAUAAUGGAAGCUACAUAAUAUGUUGAAUAUACUAGACAUUUCUUCCUAUAAAUAAAAUUUUAUAUUGUAGCAUUACAAGUCGUUACUUUAGGAACCCAAACCUCCAAAAUUGGUGGCUUCGUCCACUGACAGAACACAUGCAGAUCGCCGAAUUCGAACUGGUAUACCCAGGAUGUCUCAGUCCAUCAGAGAACUUUGGUAGUAAUGAUAUGAACACAGCUCAAGGGUGUAUAUGUUCUGAUGGUAAGGCUUUCAAGUAUCAUUAAACUUUUAUAGUUUUUAUCAGCAGUCUUUUAAUGAUAAGAAUAAAAGAUACUGUAAUUAUACGAACACCUUCAGGGCCGUUCGUCUACCUCCUCACCAUAUACGGGUUAUUCAAGAUGGGUACUGGCUUGGGUGAAACCAGAGCUGGCAAAGUGAUGGCUCACAACGACAUGAUGAAGUACAGUCCAGGGUCAUCACUAAUCUACUGUAACGAGUCGUUGUAUCUUCGAAGAGGCCAUUCGACCAGACUCUGGGUUAUCGACCGAAUGACGCUACGCGAAAUCGGAGAAAUAAUGUUGUCGGCUACACUCACAGAAGGGCUUCUGUUCGCUGACGGACGACAAUUCUUUCACGCCGUGCUGGAUUCACAAUGGAAUUUUGUGGUACGUAGCAGAUCAUCUUCAACAGUAAUAUAAUUCAACUUUUGGUGGUUAUAUAUAUACGAAUAUAUAUAAUAGUGCAGUUGUUGUCUAUAGAAAACUAUUUUCAUCAGUAAUUGUAACCUAAUUUCAGUCGACCUCCCUGGAUGACAGUUUCUCCCCAUCCUCAAACAAGUCACAACGUAUCUCGUGUCGCUUGAUGGACAUUGGAUAUACAGCGAUUGGUGACUUCAACCAUAAACAACUCACGCUACUACAUACAAUCACAUCAUCAUUAAAGAACUCGGCUGUCGAUCUACAGAUGGGCAACGAUGUUGGGUUUCUGUUGACCAGAAAUGGUAAAAUAUAUUAUAGUGGACAUGGGGAUACGUUCGGACUGACAGUAAGUGAUAAAAGAGUAAAAAAGUUAAAAGACAUACAACGUUAAUAAUUGAGAACAUUCGGAUAAAACAAUCAAAAUAAUAUCAAAUUGACGGUUUUAGUAUUCCCCUGACUUAUGGUUAGAAGUACCACUGGAAGAAGCCAUCGUAUCGUUUACAUUAGAUAGCCACGCCAACUGUUUGAUCAUGAGGUCAGGAUCAGGGUCGUUGUAUGCGAUCGGAACAUUGAGUAAUAUGUUUGAAGCGAAUCCUCAUAAAAGCACCAAGAAAGUGAGAAAAAUCAGAAUCCCAAACAGGUAAGACCUCUACGAUAUUAGAAGGAGAAGUCAACUAACAAUACUAUUCUCAUCAUAAUCAAUUCCCAAAGUAAAUCUACAACAAUAUCAUUAAUUUCAGAAGACGAUGCGUUAGUAUAAGCGGUUGUGGUGGUGCAAUGGCGUUUGCAUCAGAUAAUGGUCAAUGUUUUCUACAUGGUCGUCACAUCGUCAACGCACAUUCAGAUACAAUACACGCCAACUUUGGCAUGGAUAAUGUAUCAGUGGCCAGUGUUGGCCUAGGGAAGACCCACUUGGUUGUUAUCAGCAAAACAGGGCUCGUUUACACUUGUGGCUUGAACAAUUUGAAUCAAUGUGGAAGAACAGAGGUAAGUUAUUAUGUCAAUUACAGAUUACACCGUUGCUGUUUUACGUACCAAAGAAAGCUCAUAUUAUCAUACCAAAGAUCAUAUAUUUAUAUAAUAAUUUCCAGUCUCCACAAUCGGAAUUACGUUCACACCUUGAAACCUCUCAACCCUUAACAUCAAAUAACGUCAACUCCCUAUCCCAUUCACAAUAUUGUCCACCCAACGCUCACACAUUCGUCAAAGAUGUCGCUACGAUCUGCCUUAAGUGUGGAUGUUGUUCUGCCCAAGGGAAGAACUGUCCUUAUGGUGGGAAACUAAUCAGUCCCAAUGUCCAAGGAACACCAAUACGAGCCCCAAUACCUCGUGGAUCUCCGUGUGUUUGUGGAGUUGGGGAGUCAGCGUGUCUCAGAUGCGGAAUAUGCCGACCGUGUGGAAGACAGAAGCCAAUAAAGCCAGAAACACCGUCAACAGAAGACACUAAAACCUCAAAUCCAAGUACAAGUGAUGGUGAGGACACUUUGGACGAUUUACCAUUGGAAAGACCAAAGACAUCGAGGUUCAGCGUCAACAACAGUGAGGCCAUGACGAUACCUGGAAGGGUGAUAUUAAUGAAGAAGAGCAACGACAUCAAGGUGGCAUCAGUGUCAGUCGGGAAUUACCACACGGUCCUUCUUUGCGCAGAUCACCAGGUCAGAAAUUAUUUUCCGUUUUUUAUUUUUUCAAAAAUUUGUAAAAAAUUGAAUAAUAAUAAGAAAAAGAUGUAACAAUAUUAUUUUAGGUAUACACGUUCGGAUGUAACAACAAUGGCCAGCUUGGGACUGGCGAUACCAGCCGACAAACCCAUCCAUACAAGGUUCCACUGCCUCUGAAUGUCCAAAUUGUUCAAGCUGUAGCCGGAGCGAAUCAUUGUGUUUUACGCACGAUGAACGGAGAAGUCAUAACGUUCGGAGCGUACCGUGCUGGACAAUUGGGUCGAGAAUGUGAUAAUCUUGAAGACCGCUUCUGGUUUGCCAAACCUGGGUUCGUGCCCGAAUUCGGACCUCAAACUGGCAAGACGACUAGUUGGAUAUCAGCCAAAGGAGACCGGACGCUAAUCCAAAGCCAUCAGAGAUUAUUCUCCAGGAAUCAGUUAGAUGAGUGUCAAGUUACGGCGAACAAAGGUUGUUUGGCAUUGAUUCCGAACAGCGGAGUAGAAGAGGAAAGCUUUUGUGUUAUGAUUCCCACCAAAGGGGUGAUUGACAGGUUCUUCCAGUUCAAAAUGAAUGUAAAUCAAAGCUUAAGGUUAGUUGCAGAGAUAAUAUUAAUAUUAAAAUUAAAUCUAUGUUUAGGCAAUAUAGCAUUUACAUCACAUUUAAUCAUAAGAAUACAUUGUAAGCAAAGAUUUCUCUUAUUGUUACCUAAAAUCUUCACUUUCAGUUGGUGUUUCAACCCGAUGUACGACAUUCUUUGGUCGUUUGAUGCUGAACGAGUUUGUAUACAAGGAUUCACCGACGGACCAUCGUUGCAACUUCAGAACGUUGAGAAGGAGCCACCGUUCUUUUGUGAAGAACGUAAACUUCUCCAGUGUACAGAACUGUGCAUACCUACAGAUACGAACGCCAAGUUUUCUGAUGAACAACUUGGAGUAUUCCUGGUGUCGGCUGUUUAUGGGCUGAGUUUAAGUGCUUUGGCUGCCAUUCCUCAAGUUACCAUACUACAAAGCACUGACUUGUCUACCACGCACGAUGACAUCAGUAAGAACAUUGGUAACGCUAACUUUCUUCCACCAGAUCCAUCAAGUUGCAAUGUUGUGAACAGGUUUCUGGCGUUGGGGGGAGGGUGGGGUUACUCUGUCCAUUGUCUUGAAGCUAUUCAGUUCAAAGCCAACAGAGACAUCAACUUGUAUGGGUUUGGAUUGUACGGUGGACAUGGAGAGAACACCGCGAAGGUUAAGCUCUACCGUAACAUGAGCAACUCUGACAAGGAUGAUGCCAAUGUGGAGUUGAUUUCCGAGACCAACGAGAUUUUAUAUGAUUGUCCAAUCAAAGAAACAGCGUUUGUUGGCUUCAGAAAGCCAAUUUUGGUGAAUGCAGACGUCUGGUACGUAGCUUGGAUUCAGAUACAGUAAGUUGUGUAGCUUAUAACGUUAUGGUAGACCUAAUGCUAUCUUUGAAUUGAUGUCAAUUUAUCUAUUUGGUUAAAAAAAUAAAAAUUUGCCUGAUUCAGAGGCCCAAGUUCAGACUGUGGAGCAGAAGGUCAGCAAAUUGUACGUACGGAUUCUGAAGUGGAGUUCACAUUCCGUAACUCUAGCUACUCUAACAACGGCACAGACGUAGAAGGCGGUCAGAUUCCUGAGAUCUACUACAAAGUCUACCGUACUUCUGAUUGUCAGCAGUCUUACAGACAGCCGUCUGCCUCGUAUCCUUCUCCAAACGUCGAACCAGAUGUUUCCAUCUUUGAAUCUGUAGCCUUAAGUGCUCACACUGUGUUUAGUGUAACUCCAGAUACCAUGAGAUAUUUGUUUCGUAUCUUGAAGUGGGGGAUAGCCGGAUCAUUUCAAAGCCGAGAUUACGAGAAGAUGCAGGACGAUGUAGCUGCUCAGAAGCAGGAAAGAGCAGCGUUUGUCACUAUUGUUUGUUUGAGGAUCAUACGGUAGGUAUACAAGUUGACAAAGUGUAAAGUGAUGCUUUUUGUUUUAUGUAAUAGUGUAGGUAUAACUCUGUAGGUAUUUAUUGAACCUCAGUCCUAAUAUUACAGUAUAUAUCUUGGCGUCGUAUUUCCUCAAUACCGUGCCGACUGUGAUACUCUUCAAGCCAAGUCUGUAGCAUCAUCUGAAGCUGUUUACGAGUUCAAAGGUCUUCUGGAUGAACUGUUCCGAACAGCCGAUGAGAAGUUGUUUGUGGAAGAUCGCAUAGCUGGCUUGGUGGUUGAAGAAGCGGUAGAUAUGUAUGUAUCGUGCAGCUACCUUCUGACGCCAUCACCUGAACUGUUAUCAGUAAGAAUCGAGAAGAUGAUAAGUGAUGGAGCCAACAACUGGUCGUUACUCUCGACUCUGAAGGCUUUUUGCAAACUGGAAGACGUGAGUGGAUGUCUUUGACGUAUUAUUGCAUUGUUGUUGUCUACUGCAUUAUAUUACAUAUUUAAUGUUUCAGAAAUAGUAAAUGUCGUAUUUUACCAAAACUCUAUUAAACCUCAUUUUAGUUUGUUCUGCCGAUUCUGGGGAUAGACCGUCAAGAAGGUACCGUAAACGAACUGCUCCAAAACUUGGUGGAUCAUUACUCACAGAAGGAAGGGCGGAUCUUUCAAAGGGUCGAUCCUGAUAAGGUGAUAUCGUUCUUGUUCCAAUUAGCAUUUGCAUCGGUCGAUAUUCGAAAUGGGGUAGGUUAUUUUAUGGUACAGCCUGUUCCAGUAACAAGCUGACGUAAUAAGAAUACAAUUCAUUCAAAUUCAUAAUAUUAUAUACAGGAUUUACUGGAAGAACGACUGAAAAUUGUAGCCCAGAAUCUGCUGGUCAUAAUAACAAAGAGACUUGUGAACAUACAGCUGAAUGUCAAACCAAACGUUUCCAUCUACCAGACACCUCGUCGCUUCAGACAAACAGUCUGUCAGCCCAAUUGGGAGACAGGCAACGAUGCUCCAGAUUCGAUUGCCUUCAAGGUAGACACCGCAGGCAUUCAACUACAAGGUGUGGGAAUGUAUCCUACCUCUACCAAGCACCAACGCAAAGUAACUUACGAGAUUGAGGUAUUGGAGUCGAAGGGAGAGACCGAUCGUGACGGUUGGAUCUCGUUGGGACGAUGCAACGGUGUAGCUCACGAUGACAGUUGUGGCGAUGGAGCAGAGUGCGUGUUGAUAAGAUUGAACAAAGCCAUUCCCCUGAAGCCGAAUGUAACAUACGCUAUCAAGGCUGUGAUCGACGCUGGGAAGACGUUCUUUGGAGAAUCCGGAAUCUCUGUAGUCAAGCUUCAGCGUCACGGUAGGAUGACUUUCUUACCCUCAUCUUUCAGCAAGAAUGGCACUACAGUAACCCGAGGACAACUACCGUUCUUCUUGUACAGUAUCGACACAAAUACUGAUUCAAACUUCAACAAACGAUCUAACAACAUCACGGAAGAAGCCAGCCGGCUGUUUUUGCUUAUCAUGAGACUACUGGCUUCCAAGUUAAGUAUUCAGUUGAGUUCAGCGGUCAAAGAUAGUUUUCCAUCAGCCAAAAUGGCCUCAAAGAUUGUGACAUAUGCUGCUGUGUAUAUGGAAGCCAAUCCGCACAAGGCAUAUCAUGUUAUAGCAGCGUUUGACCAAAUUCUUCCACUUAUCUCUGCUGCCAAUGCUGAUUUCAAUGAUGAUAAGGGAUCACUGAGCCUCAGUUUCAGCCAAGUGAAACCGGAAAGUGAUGAGUAAGUCUACUUUAAAGGAUUAUAAAGCAGUAAGAAUGCUGUUUUUACAUUACUUUAGGCACUUCCAAUGUAACCUUGCCUUAUUUUAGUCCGACCAAAUCUAAACAAAAGCGAUUCGUACAGGCGGUGGUCGAGAGUGCGCAUCCUUAUAAAGCCAAUGACUUCACCACUCACUUCGUAUCUUUCGACCCAUCUACCGAGUUUGUCUGUGUUAGAUUCCACGAAGCAUGUCAGACUGCUCAUUCUGGUGAUUCACUGUGGGUAUACGGUGUAGCUGGUGAUCGACCUACAUCUGCACUCUACACUGUAGGAAGAUAUUGUUUGAAUAAGGAAUGGCCUGAGGGUGUGAUUGUCAUUCCUGGCAAUAACGUAUGGUUUGUGUUCGAGACUGGACCGGAAAGAGAAGACAAUCAUAACACGGUAAUUUUUACUUAAAAAUACUGUAGCGCUAUUAAUUUUCGUAUUUCAAAUUUAAUAAUGUCAAAAUAUUGAAAAAUAAAAUCAAUUUACAGAAGUACGGUUUUCGCUGCACGGUAGAAGGCCUAUCGUCCCCAAAAGCCAAUGGAUCAACAACAUUAUUCAAUCUGGAGACUGAGUUUACAUGGUUAUGCUCAAAAGGCUGCAACAUCAUGGUACAGUCCACUAACAGCCCCAGUAUCAAACAGUCUGUAAACCAAGAUUGUUUCGAAGUUAUCCAGAAGCACGGUGUUCUGCUUCAGAAGGGUCUGAACCUGGACCACGUUCCUACUGUAGCCGAACUGACAAGAGAUACCUUCCCAUCGCUUCGGAAGUCAGACAACAUUCAGUUUCUGGCUGACUUCAUCUCGGCGUCUCCUAACAGUCUUGGCGGAUUGUUGGCUACAGUCUUGAUUGUAGAACCUUACAUUGACAUUGGUAUGUCCAAGAUAGAGAUAGAUCCUUUGGUUGGGUUCAUAACAAAUCAACCGAUCAGACUUCGUGUUCUACCAGUAAAUCAGUACGGUGAACAGUGCUUUAAGAACGAUAUGAGUGUUCAGGUUACUGUAAAGAAGGGUGUUACUGAAAGUAGCCCAGCGAAGACCAACGACAAGGUGUCCAAAAAGAUCUUCAGGUCGUUAACAGUCUUCAACAACAUGUUUCAAGUGGCUGCAAAGACUAAUGACACUAAAGACGGCUAUUACGACAAGCUACGACAGCUACAGAUUGACGAACACUUCAAACCGACUGUCAUCAACAACAACAGGUUUAUGUCUACUGGAUGUAAUCCUAAACUGGCAGAUUACUCCUUCGAAGAGCUGAGAUGGGCAUACGAACUGGGAAGUACGACUACAGAAAUUCUGAAGAUCGAGUGUAGCUCUUCUGGAGUUUACGAAAUCCAGUGGACUCCGUUAUCUUCAGGACGUUAUCACGUUGAAGCUUCUAUCGACGGCUUCGACCUGGAGUCUCGAGUCGACUUCAACAUCAAGGUGCCAACAAUAGAUAUGGCAGAACCGUGCCACAAUGUACCACCUACCCCGCGGCAUCGACCGAAACAGGUAGACCCUGUGAAUCUAGUGUGUAAGGCAACAUGUCCUGCCGUCAAUGGCUACGCGGGUGUUCGAAUCCGAAGUCAUCCAACAUUGAAUGCCAAACAAAUUGGUGCCAUACCUCGAGGUGCUACGAUAUCGUAUGUUGAGACAUUGAGGAAUAUGGAUGGGUUAUGGCUUCGCAUCUCCGAUGAUGUGAAAGCUUUAUAUUGUGAACGAAAAAGCAGUCACCAGGCAUGGUGUCUACAGUAUAACACUCAUCUGAAGUCGGAACAUCUCACUUUACAUCAGUUUAAUGGUAAUACAGAAAGCUGUACUGCCACUUCCACUAGAUCUACUGGAAAAGUAUCGUGGAAUGUAAGAUUUUUCGAAAUUUAUUUAGCUAUCAGUCAUAUAAUGACGUCAUAAAUUGUGUCGUUGAUUGAAUUAUAAGAUUGAUUUGUUUCAGAAGCCCCAAUCGUCGGAAAGUACUCCACAACACCAAGAGGACAAUCCUCUACGGCCGCUUACGAUUGAAUGCUUCAGAGCUGCCUUUGCCGCGUUUGUGUGGCACGAGAGAUUGGUAGAGCAACUGAUCGACUGCGCCAACAAAGUAGCCGAAUUUGAAGAGAAUCCCAAAGAAUUAUUUAGGAAAAUGCAGCUACCAAACUUUGAACUACCUCCGAACUUAGUGUCGGCACGCAACUUGUGGAGCACAAUAUCGGCUACGUUGAAUAAGGUGGGUUCAGUUUUGUAUUUCCGACGCGGGUUCGUACCUUUAACUUUUAAGAUACUGUAAUACGUUUAAUACGAAUCCUUUCAGGUUGUCCGACAACAUCUGAUAGUCCCAUCACCUACAGUACUUCGUCGACCAUACCAACGUCAACGUAUCAACACAGCUGACCGUCUAGCUACAGAUGCCAGCAACGAUAACGCUGCUCCAGUCGAAGAGCUCUGCGAACUUUGUGGAGAAAACUUCCCAAAGCCAGUGACAGCCCAUAUGAGAGUAAAACACCCUGGUUGUCAUGGACCGUGCCUAGGGCAUGGCUAUAACAGCGUAGGCAACUACACAACUGGGUGGACUGGAAUGUGUGGUGAGGGAGGGAAAGGCAAUGCGGUUUGGUAUCUAUUGUGUCCGGAUUGCCGAUUAGCCAUCAUGGCCAACAAAAAAGGUGAAGUUGAGGAGGUAAGUUGAAAAGUGUCAUUCUACAUGGUCGUUAAAUCUACUUAUCCUAACUUUAACUGUGUUGUUUGAAUGAAGAUUUAAAAAUUUAGGAAUCCGACCGUCGUUGGAGAGAGUUCCGUCAAAUCAACGCUACACAGUUGAUUUCCCCAGAAGCUGUUAUCAGAAGGAACUCCAUUUUCUUGCUUGGGCUGUGCCCUACUGGUCAAAAGGAGCUCGAAAAGGCCGAAAGGAAUAAGAAAACUGAAAAAGCAAAAUGGAUCAUCGACUUGUACCCAUGUGGAGAUUUGGACCAGAUUAUUGACAACGACAAAGAUGAACCUAUGACCGAAAGCGUAUGUUUACAGAAACUUCAAAUAGAAAACCGUUUUUAUUAAUUAAUUCACAGUUCAAACUCAUCGAUAUUUCAAAAUAUUUAUUAUCUUUUAGAGCUUAACAACGUCCCACAGGCCUCGCCAACUCUCCCAAACCAGUGAUCCAGGAAUCUCGCAUCAGAAUGACCUUGUAGCCUCCUCCAGAGUUCCGACGUCAAUCAGUGUAUCUGGGAAUGUCUUCAGAAAGCCCAUCUCCAACUACUUGAGUACGAUAGACGCUUUACCAGAAGAAGACGAAGAUGAAGCCAACAUAGCUGGGCCAAGUAACUUGGUCCCUAAGCUUCCGACCUUGAACGAAGUCGUAACCAACUUUUCGAACUCCGUACCAUCUCCUUAUACGAUUACUACACAUCCUGUUUUGUCGUUCAUAGUAGAGAAUCAUGACCUUUCUGCUAUUGCUCAUAAGUUUGAAGAUUCCAUUAGACGUGCUGUGAUUCUGUCGCACGCCUUCAAGGUGUGGAACUGGCUACUGAAGCUGGUCACUUCAGAAUCUUCAGUCAUGGAUAUAGUGUGGCAAUACCUGAAUACAAUGUUCUCGUUCAGCCCAGCUUAUCAGCAUUCCAUAGAUGUCAAGUUUGCUACCAAACUCCAUCUUCUUCCACAUCCAUGGAGAUUGUGUUUUUUGGCUGGAGAUCUUGUCACUCAACGAAUGGUCGAAGCGAUGCACUCGUUCUUGGCAACAUUAUACGUCAUUUUGAACGCAGAUAAUGUAGAUAUUCGUUUGAAAUGUCUGUGUUUCAAGUCAUGGACGUUUCAACUGACAAUUCAUGAACAAGACUUACUUUACACGUUAUGCAAACUACUGUGUAAAGUAGGGGAGGUUUUGUCUGAUACCUCUACGGAUACAUCAUUGUUAAUACAAGAUGACGCUAGUCCAAGAAACCGUCAGAAGUCCAAAAAAGAACAGGAAAUUCUUCCGAUAGUGAAACAGUUUGAUCAGCUAAAUCAACUGAUAAAACUGGAUUCCUCAACUCAGAAACAGAUUCUACACUGUCUACUGGACGGAUCUCACGAAACCUUCUGGGAGAGUGGUGAAGAAGACAACAAUCGUACGAGUUGUCUCACCAUUAGCUGGGCAGCAGACGUUUGUAUGCCUGCAAUCAUUGGUGUCUUCAUAGAUAAUGUCCAAGACUCAAGCUAUCGUGUUUGUCAAGUCAACUUUACCACUGGAUCGGCCAACAGGGGAGCUGGAAAUGUCAUUACACUGAACUCGGUUAACUUGUCUUCGGUAAGUUACUUUUUGGAUCCUAGUUUUCUAUUGCUUUAAAUCCAAUGUUGUAAUUUAGUGUUACUAUUUUUUAUUCUGUUUCUUUCAGAAGUUUGUUGGCUGGGUUCGCUGUUCCACAUUAGGUACAGCGUCUCCCUUAAAGAUCCAAAUCAAGUUCAACGGCAGGUCAUGUCGGCUCAGACAGAUAGUCGUACUAGGACAGUCCAAUGUUUGUGCCAAUGUUGUAGUACCAGAAACUGCAGACACGUCAAAAUCUUUGAAAGCUACAUCUCCUCAUCAACUAUCGUUCAGUUCAGCUCAAAUCGACGCGUUCUCUCUAUUCCAAGCAGUUGCCGCCCAAGCCUUUAGCGACGAGUUUGCUGAAGAUGAAAACGGCCACUUGCGGCAACAAGUCAUCGAGAUGUUAUUCAACCGAGUACAACUACAGCCAUUGCAAGUAUACGUUUGUACUCAGAUUGUGACAGCCGUUGAGCGAGAGAUUGUAAAUUUGCGUGAGAAAAAGAAGAAGAACUAUUCGUAUGUGUGUGGUCUGAUGGUGAUGUUGGUCAAGAUAAGUGAAUCCAGGAAAGGAGUUGAAGUGUUUUCAAUGCGAGGAAUACUUCCCAUUAUGCUCAGCGAACUUAUGCUGUUUGCUCCACAGGUAGGAGAUGGUUGUUUAGGUAAUAUCAAAAUUUUUAUUCUUCAGAUUGUCCAAAUGCAGAUUCUGGAGACGAUGGAGAAGACUCUGCGCAACUUCAAGCCAAACAGUUUUGAUGUCAGCAUAUUCGUCCAGAAUAUGUUAGCAGUGAUAGCUAAAGCAAUCACCCUUCAAGUAAAGGACAGGGUGGCCAGGAAAAUGUUGACGGCUUCACUAACGAUCAAUUGCGUAGAGAUACCAGCGAUUUGGAGGGCCGAAAAAUCUAUUAGUAAUGAAGUGGUGCAGUUGGUAAUAGCUACACUAGCACGUCUGGCCAAUAAUGCUAUAAGUCCAGCUUGGUCACAGGUUAUUCGUGCUGAACUUGGCAAUUUCAUUAUGGCAAUAAACAAGAUUCUGGCAGCUGCCGGAUUCUUGCCGUCAUCUAGUUCUACAGAUCUUCCCACCAGCUCAUUCUCGACGUCUGAGUCUUACGGUACAAAAGCGCACCUGUUCUUGCGACAGUCACAGUUUUGGAUUGCUGUCGCAGCCAUGACGGCCAUUAAAGAUCCAAGUUGGUUGGAACUUUCUUCAACGUGGAAAACCUUAAAGGUAAUACAUGUGUGUCGUGAAGUAUUUCCUUUGUAUAGUGGCUCAUAUUCCGAACUGUUUUAAGCGUUACCAUCAUACAAUUGUUUUAGGAACGACGCUCAGAAGAGCCAGAACCGCCAUGUGAAAAUCACGAUGACGGUGUCACAAUGGCACGCUUCUUCUGUUCCGAAUGUGAAGUGAACCUUUGCUACGAAUGCUUCUCCGUUUUGCACCUAAACAAGCGAAAGAAAAGUCAUACGGCAAAACUCGUUGGAUCUACGUUAAUGUGCCCUAAACUGGACGUGCAUGAAGGAUGCACACGGUUGAGGGUCAACAACUUUUUGGUAAGUUUCAUUGUCAUUCUUAUGUUUUUUACAUCGCCUAUUACCAUCGAAGAAAUUCUGUCUGCCAUAUGUGAAAAAAAUAUACUCAAUUUUUAGAUUCUUUUCAAUUGUACGAAACUCAGCGGAAUGGCGGAGAUUAGUGCAGAAGUCGGAUCAGUAGUGAAUGUUACAUCACCUCAAGCUUUACAGUACAACUUCGGAGGUCAGCUAUCCGGAAGCGGUAGUGAAAUGAAGAGUUCAAAAUGUCGAUUCUGUCAGAAUCUAUUAAAGUCCGCAACCGAAGUCAAAACAGGGACCUGUAAUUAUACAGAAUGCCAGGAAAUGCUACGAAAUGCAUGUACAAAGGUUUUACCUUGCGGACAUUGGUGUUCUGGAAUUAACGGAGAAAAAGAAUGCUUACCUUGUUUCACUUGUCCAAACAAUGGUAAGUACUAUAAGUGCGCUUCAUAAUGUUCUAGAACUUCUGAACUUAAAAUGAGAAAUUUCAGAAUCCAAGCAAGACGCAGAUGAUUUGUGUGUGAUCUGCUUCACAGACCGUCUCGGCGGCGCUCCUUGUAUCAAAUUGUCAUGUGGGCACAGUUUCCACUAUCACUGCGUCAAAACUGUAUUGGAGAAACGGUGGCAUGGGCCGAGGAUUCUUUUCCGAUUCAUGCAAUGUCCUUUGUGCAAAAGUAAUGUAAGUUAAUGCACAAAAUGUAAAUAUAAGUUAAAAUGACAGGAACCUGCUUAAAACCUCGCCAUACUUAAUUUUAGAUCGAUCAUCCAGCCUUAGAGUUCCUCCUCGAGCCAUUGAGAGCUCUAUACGAAGAUGUCAAAAGCAAGUCUCUUCUACGUCUGGAAUACGACGGUCUUCUGAAAGUGAACGCUAUCACGUCAGAAGAAAGCGAAUUCUUCAACGAUCCCAUAGGUUACGCUCUUCAACGCUACGUAUACGUACUCUGCAGUAAAUGUAAAAAGGCUUACUUUGGUGGAGAAAGCAGAUGUCAACAAGCUCUAGAUUCUUCAUCGUACAAACCCGAGGAAUUGAUUUGUGGAGGUUGUUCUGACAUCUCUGGUGCACCAGUCUGCGGACGUCAUGGUACCGAGUUCCUGGAGUACAAAUGCCGCUUCUGUUGUUCUGUGGCCGUAUACUUCUGGUAAGUUAAAAACUUUUCAUAUUCAGCGUAAAAGGUAAGGCGCAAACGCAAAGACUCACAUCGUAAAAAUAUUUUUAGAAUGUUACCUUAAAGACGAGUUCAGUCCACAAAUUUCAGUUUUGGAAAUUCGCAUUUCUGUUCGAUAUGUCACAGUGAUUUCCAACGAUUAAUAGCGACACCCACUAACCUUCUUCCUCAAUGUCCUGUCGGUCCACGUGCCACAGCUUUAGAAAACCAGGACGGUUGUCCUUUACGGGUCAAACAUCCGCCAACCGGCGAAGAAUUCUCGUUGGGUUGCGGGAUUUGUCGCAACUUGACAACGUUUUAA